UCUUCCAAAUAAUAAUUAGAAGUGUGAAGUAAAUGUGACGUAAAUAUGAACAACUUAAUUAAAUUUGCACAUCCUAUAAGACAAAGUUGGAAGCAAUACUGCACCGUAAAUGAUACUUUAGCUCAGACAGCUAGAGUUGUUAUUGCUGGCGCCGGGUUGUUAGGCAACUCUGUAGCUUAUCAUCUUACCGAAAAUGGGUGGACCAACGUAGUAGUACUAGAUCAGCGGGCAAUUGGCAGUGGCACGUCGGACUUUGGGUCAGGUACGAUAGGUUUGUUCAAGCCUACCCCCGAACGAAACUUAAUUAUUGAGAGCCUAAAACUCUACCAAAGGCUACAACAAGCCGGGCAUAACAUUGGUCUGAAGAAAUGCGGAGCUCUGAACUUGGCACAAACACAUGAUCGCGUGAUAGCGUUGAAAAGAAGAAUUGCAUAUAAUCUACCCACUGGUUUAUUUUGUGAGUUCAUUGAUGCAGAAACCGUUAAGAAACUACACCCUCUUCUGAAUGUAGAUGACAUUCAGGGAGCGGUCUAUAUACCAGAUGACUGUAUUGCGGAUCCAGCGCUUGUAUUACUAGCUUUGGCGGAUAUAUCUAAGCAGAGGGGUGUUAAAUUCUUCGAGGGAUGUGUAGUUAAGCAUGUCAACACUAAAGGUGGUCGAGUUGACAGUGUAGAGACCGAUAUUGGAACAAUACAAUGCGAAUACUUCAUUAAUUGCAGUGGAAUGUGGGCACGAGAGCUUGGAUUGAAAUGUAAGAAGCCUAUUUGCAUUCCUGCAUACCCAGCACAACAUUUUUUCGCUCUUACCACAAACCUAAAUCUUCCAAAAGAACAACUCCUACCUUGCAUAAGAGACUAUGAUGCAUAUCUCUAUGCAAGACAGAUGAAUACAGAAAUGUUGGUUGGUUGGUUCGAAAAAGAAGCUAAACCGGCCUUCGAAAGCAUUAAAGACAUCCCUAAAGAAUGGAAACCUCACUUGGAUGAAAAUAUGGCUAUUCACUGUAAACCACUAUGGGAAAAGGCUGUUGAUAGAAUACCGCUAGUGGGCACCAUACCUGAACCAAAAUUAACAAACAGCCCCGAUAAUUUUACACCUGAUGGGAGAUGGAUAUUCGGCGAAACAGCUGAAGUGAAAAACUAUUUCGUAGCUUGUGGAAUGAACGGUAAUCCGCUACAAGGUUCCGGUGGUAUCGGUAAAGCGUUAGCUGAAUGGAUUGUUUCUGGAACACCGACUAUCGAUAUAUUGCCGUUCAAUAUUCAGAGGUUCCUACAUCUGCACAACAACCGUCAAUACCUACAGCAACGGAUCAAAGAGGUUGUUGGCCGUCAGUAUGCCAUACUGUAUCCUAACCAAAGCGAGUACAAAUAUUCCCGCAAAUUAAGGUGCUCUCCGUUGUACAGUGUUCUGGAACAGCGAGGAGCUGUCUUUGGGACCAAAAUGGCUUACGAAAGAGCACUGUAUUUUGACACGGAAUAUGAGCGAGGAGCUAAAUUUCCAACAAUGCCACAAGGAAGUUUUUACAAACCUAAAUUCUUUAAUUGUAUGCAAAAAGAAUACGUUGCAUGUGCCCAACAUGUCGGUAUCAUCGAUAUUUCGUCGUUUUCGAAAAUAGAGAUUAAGCCCGGAGUACAGCACGACAGCAAUCGCAAUAACGUUUUGCAUUAUCUCCAAAAAAUGUGCACCAAUGAUGUCGACAUUGAAAAGUCUCAUAUUGUACACACGGCCAUGCUGAAUGAACGGGGAGGUUAUGAAAAUGAUUGUAUGCUUAUUCGACAAAAUGAAGAUCACUAUUUCAUGAUUUCACCGUCAUCACAGCAGACCAGAAUAUUUGAAUGGAUGUCUCGAAACUUACCCCGGGAUGCCAGCGUUAAGCUGAAUGAUGUCACCUCAAUGUAUACCGUCAUCAACGUUGUUGGACCAAAGUCAUCGCAGUUAAUGAGUGAACUAUCCAACUCUAAUGUAAAAUUACAACCAUUCACCUAUCGGAAGCUGAAUAUUGGCUACGCGAGCGAUGUGAUGAUUAUGUCUUUCACGCACACCGGAAUGCCCGGCUACUGUUUGUACGUUCCUUCGGAAUAUGCCCUGCACGUUUAUGAUCGCCUUAUGUCCGUAGGACGAGAUUACGGUGCACGCGACGUUGGCACACUGACACAAAGAUUCCUGAGAAUUGAUAAAUUCAUACCCUUCUGGGGAGAUGAACUGACAAGUAUGACCACUCCGUUUGAAGCUGGUGUAUCUUACUCAGUACGGUUGGAUAAAAGGGAAUGUUUCAUCGGAAAAGCGGCACUUGAAAAACAGAAACGCGAAGGACUAAUGAAACGACUGGUAUUCUUCCACGUGGAGGACAUCGAUAUUGACAAGGAUGUAUGGCCGUGGGGGGGCGAACCGAUCUACAGAAAUAAUGAGUUCUGCGGCACUGUUACUUCAGCAGGAUACGAUUUUGCAUCGGAAAAAUUGGUAUGUCUUGGGUAUAUCAGUCGACCGAAGAGCAACGAGUCCAGAGUGAUUACGACCGACUUUAUAAUGGAUAAAAACGCUGUUUAUCACAUUGACAUUGCGGGCGGAAAAUUUCGAUUAACACAAUACAUCCAUCCAAGGGCAACUGCCGCUAAAGCGAUGGAGGAAAGUGAUCUGAAAAAAACAUAUCGACCGACGGUGGUAAAAUUCAAAAAACAGUUUCAAGUUUGAAUAGAAUUUAUACUUACAAUGAAAGG